GGUGUUUACGUUUUUUUUUUUUUAAAGAUAAUCCACCAUGUUUAAACGGUGGCUUUUAGCCCUUUCGGCCCGGGUCGGCCUCACUGUGCUGGGCCUCUGCUGCUGUCUGUCCCUGUUCUACCUCCUCGCCUGUAAACCCACGUCUCACAGCAGCCAGCAGUCUCUUCUGUGGUCUGGUGGGGCCACCAGUAAAGAAGGAUACAUGGCCUUGUUGCAGGAGAGGGAGGACUCUCACAGACAUUACAUCAACAGCCUGACGAAGCAGAUAGCCCAGCUGAAAGAAGCUCUCCAGGAGAGGACGCAGCAGCUUCAAGAGUCCCUGGAGAAAGCUAAAACAAGAGGGAUUCUGCCUCAGGGUCUGGAGAGUCUGCACAAAACCCCGACACAGACUGACCUUAAGGAUUUCCUACGCUCCCAGCUGAACCAGGCAGAGGUGAACUCAGGUGUAAAGCUGCCCAGCGAAUAUGCAGUGAUUCCUUUUGACACUUUCACCCUGCGGAGGGUGUACCAGCUGGAGACAGGGCUGACAAGGCACCCAGAGGAGAGGCCUGUGAGGAGAGACCACCGAGACGAGCUGAUAAGUACAGUGGAAACAGCUCUGCACGUCCUGAACGGACCUCAGCAACACACUGACAACACCAGACGGAAGCGCACAUACUCCCCUUCAGACUUCAUAGAGGGUUUGACCCGUACAGAGCGGGACAGAGGAACCGUUUACGAGCUGAUGUUUAAAGGCGCUGGCCCGCAGGACUUCACACAGCUCGUGCUCUUCAGGCCAUUUGGUCCUGUGAUGAAGGUGAAGAGCGAGAGUGUGGACACGCGCAGCAUGCUCAUCAACAUCAUCGUACCUCUUUCCAAGAGGCCGGACGCAUUCAGGCAGUUCAUCAACAACUUCAGAGAGGUUUGCAUCCGGCUGGACGGCAGGGUGCAUCUGACUGUGGUCUACUUUGGUCGCGAUCAGAUAGACCAGGUGAAAGCCAUGCUGGACCAGACCACCAGAGAGACUCGGUUCAGGAGCUUCACUUUGAUCCAGCUGAAUGAGGAGUUUUCUCGUGGUCGGGGCUUAGAAGUGGGCGCCAGGGCUUGGAGGCGCAGUCAGAAUGUCCUGCUCUUCUUCUGUGAUGUUGACAUCCACUUUACCGCCGACUUCUUAACUUCCUGUCGUCUCAACGCUGAACCUGGUAAGAAAGUGUACUAUCCAGUGCUCUUUAGCCAGUACAACCCAUCUAUUAUCUAUAGUAAUCAGACACUUCUACCCUCUGUUCAACAACAACUGGUGAUAAAGAAGGAAACUGGAUUCUGGAGAGACUUUGGGUUUGGCAUGACAUGCCAGUACAGGUCUGAUUUCCUCAACAUAGGGGGUUUUGACCGUAACAUCAAAGGUUGGGGGUUGGAGGAUGUGCACCUGUACAGGAAGUACCUUCACAGUAAGCUGAUGGUGAUUCGCUCUCCGUCCAGAGGCCUUUUCCACUUGUGGCACGAGAAGAACUGUGCAGACGAGCUCCCUCCAGACAAAUACAAGAUGUGUAUGCAGACCAAAGCCAUGAGCGAAGCCUCGCACGGCCAGCUGGGGGAGCUGUUUUUCAAACGACAGAUUGAGUUUCAUUUGAGCUCCCAGAAGCAGAUGGACAGAGGAACAUGAUGAGGACAGUAUAAUAGGCUCUGGUGAUGUUAUUAGUUACUGUUUGUGUAUGUUCUUGUUCUGGUUUACUUACAUGAACUAUUGAGCUUCAAAGCUUGAUUUUUCUCCAAAUUCACACAUAAACUUGACUGUAAACUUGACAUAAUGACUGAUAUGUUUUGUGUGAAUAAAAUAAUUAACUAUGUGAUCUAAUUGUGUACUUUAUGUUUUAUUUCCAUAGGACUGUCACAAAGAGAAUAUGGAAAAAAAAUUAUUUUUUACAGUCUAUAACUUUUUCUGUCAUGCCAACGCUGGAAGCAGCAAAAAAUAUGUUUAUAUCAACCAGUAACAUUACAGGGGAAAUAACAUUUUCUUGCAUCUUUCUCAUUCAUUUGUUUCUGUUGUGCAAAAUGCAAAUUAUCAUACACAAAAGAACAAAGACUCUCUUGCUAUACUGAAAGUGAGAUACACGUAUUCGUAUUUUGGUAACACUUUAUAAUAAGGGUACAAAUCAUAUACUAAAUGCUUAACUAAUGCAUGACUCAUGAUGAUUUAAUGCAUGAAUUAAUGUAGGAUGUAUUAUGAAUUAUUUUUGCUCACCAUUAACAAAUGAU